GGCCGCCGGCUCGGGGCGGGCGGCGAUGAAAUUCCCGGGCUCGGUCCUCAUUUCCCUCGUCCUCUUCGUGGCCGAGACGGCGGCGGCGCUGUGUCUGAGCGGCACGUACGGCUCGGCGGGGGACCGCAUGUGGCAGUGGCUGACGCUGCUGUUCGCCCUGCUGCCCUGCGCGCUGGUGCAGCUCAGCCUGGUCUUCAUCCACCGCGACGUGAGCCGCGACAGGCCACUGGUGCUGCUGCUGCACAUCCUGCAGCUGGGGCCGCUCGUCAGGUGUGUGGAAGUCUUUUACAUUUACUUGCGUGCUGGCAGAGUUGAAGAGCCCUAUGUCAGCAUCACGAAGAAAAGGCAGAUGCCCAAGGAUGGAUACUCGGAAGAAGUUGAGAAAGAAGUGGGCCAGGCUGAAGGCAAACUAUGUACGCACAGAUCCGCGUUCAGUAGGGCAUCUGUGAUCCAGGCAUUCCUUGGCUCUGCACCCCAGCUCACGCUCCAGCUCUACAUCUGUGUCCUGCAGCAGGAGAUCACAGCUGCCAGAAGUAUUUUUAUGGUCCUUUCUCUCCUGUCAAUUGUAUAUGGCGCCUUACGCUGCAACAUCCUGGCUAUUAAGAUUAAGUAUGAUGAUUACGAUGUCAGUGUGAAACCAGCUGCCUACCUCUGCAUAUUCAUGUGGAGAAGCUUUGAGAUUGCUACACGGGUUAUAGUUUUGGUCCUUUUCAGUUCAGUCCUUCAAAUCUGGACUCUCCCUGUUGUGCUAGGGAAUUUCUUUGUUUUUUUCUUUUAUCCCUGGAUUCUCUUCUGGCAAAGCAAGUCCCCAUUUCCUGAGAACAUAGAGAAGGCAUUGAGCAGGGUUGGCACUACCAUUGUCUUGUGCCUCCUCACUUUCUUGUAUGCUGGCAUUAACAUGUUCUGCUGGUCAGCAGUGCAGCUGAAGCUCAAUGAUCCCGACUUAAUUAAUAAAUCCCAAAAUUGGUACCGAUUGACUGUGUAUUAUAUGCUGCGGUUCAUUGAGAAUGCAUUCCUCCUGCUGAUGUGGUACAUCUAUAAAACCGAUAUCUACCUGUAUGUCUGUGCCCCGUUGUUGGUCUUGCAGCUCCUGAUAGGUUACUGCAUGGCUGUCCUCUUCAUGUUGGUGUUCUACCAGUUCUGCCACCCAUGCAAAAAGCUCUUCUCAUCCAGCAUUUCUGAAGGUUUGCUGUCCUGUUUCAAGUUCCUCUGCUUUGUUUGCGCACCUUCCAAAUCCACUAUACUGAUGGACAAAGCAGAUUUAAAAUUACCUGCUAAUACUGAUGAAGCCUGGAGCAGUAGCAAGACAAUAGAUUCUCAAAAUGGGAAUCCUCAUCAGAGUGUUUCUUCCAAUGCCUAGUACAACUGGUGGCAGCAGGUGCCUUUGGAAGGUGCCAGAUCACCUGCUGAGAAUGUUAUGCAUCUUGGACAUCGUGUCUUGUGGAUGAGGUUUUUUUUCUUGCAGAUGUAGCACUGCAUGAAGACUGACAAGCCUACCUUUAUGGGAAACUUAACUGUAUGAGUGUUUGUCUCUGUGUGUGUCUGUGUAUGGACACAGAGAGCAACCAUUGUUUGUAUAAUUCUAUCUCAGAGGUUUUUUGCACAUAGGUGUAUUAUCAUUUGCUUACCUUGAAAUCAUUAUAGGAGACAUCCUUCAAAAACUGGCCUAAUGCUGAUCUUACUCAGGAAAUCUGAAGAGGCUGAAAGGAAAUACAUUUUAUUUCAGAUAGGAUGUCAUUAUGGCAUGCCACCCUAGCAUGGAAACAGAGCAUAAUCCUUGACUAUGUAUUGACUGUAGCUGCAGUCUGCUUUCAUCGAAUUGCAGACUUUUUUUACACUCUAAUCGAUGUAAUAAGACAAUACUUGUCUUUUUGACUUAAGAAUUGGACUUCUGUAAUUCACUGUAGUCUAGGUUGCCAAGAAAGAGCUAAUUAGACACCACUAAUACUGAAAUGUGACUGUUACUGAGAAUAGCCAGAGGGGUUAUUGGCUUAUGCACUCUUUUACUCUUUAUAUUUGCUGCUUGUUAGUAAGGGAAUUAAAUUUAAGACAGUAAUCGUAAAGUUCUGGAAUAGCUCAGUGUCUUGACAUCAUCAUAUAAAUAACCUGAUUUUUGAUGUUCUGGUAUAUGGGUGGGGUUCACUUUAUAUAACUUUAAAUGUCUAGAAGUUGGGCAGAUAGCGUGAACUACCGAUGUAGGUGCUCUCACUACAUCUCCAGAGAAUGAUUCCACCCAUCCUAAAGUGUUGUCCUAGGCAGGUGAUAUGAAUCAUUCCCUGGAGAGCUAUUACUAUGUUGACUAGAUGCCUUGACAGUUAGCUUAGACUAGACACAUCACUUUUAGAGGGCUAAAGUUAAGAGACAAGCGCCACUCUGGUUGUCAGGGGUUUGGUAGUGCAGCAAGCAAGGAACUCAAUGACUCAUCAUGUGGAGACAGAGGAUCUUGAGUCCUUCUUUUUGAGCCUGUGAUAUAUUAUGUCAGUUUGAUAUCAAUAAUUUAAAACACUCUGGCUUCUUUACCUCAGAAGUACUGAAGGUUUGAAAUCUUCUAAAAGAGGAACCAGAAGACAUUGACUUUUUUUCUAUGCACUAUUUUACCACAAUUAAUUAAAAGCAUUUCUGUAUUUUGUAAGUUGCUGGUAAAGUUUUAACAGAUGGACACUCAAGAAGCAGUAUGUAGUGGAAAUACACAAAACCAAUUGUGUUUUAAAGAGUAAGCAAAAGUUUUUUGCACUUUGUUUGCUUAGCAUCUUGCAUUUUUUCUGAGUAUUACACAUUAUGGCUGCUAAUGGAAGCAAGUAUUUCAUGAUCCAAAGCACCUUUCAAUGUCCUCAGUUUUGCCUCCGUCCUACCGUUAUGGAGGAUGUGAAGUUCUUCAGAAGAAGGGAUAUCAGCAUAAUUUUACUAGAAAUGUCACAAGUUGGGGGCUGAGGUCAUUUGUAUUGAAAUAUGUCAUAUGCAGUGCUGCAAAGACCUAAGCUGUUUUUAUUGUUCUUUAUUGCACUGUAAAUGAAUGUCUUUUUACUUCACUUUUGUAAUGGAGAUGGGUUUUUUAUUUUGCUUGAUGUGUGUGAUAUGUGUAUGCAGAUCUCAUUAAAAUAUUUGUGGGUGGUAAUGGGAGUUUUCAGCUUGAGCUUGCCAUGGGAAUGUACCUCACAUAUCUGGGGAAGACACCAAACCUUUCUGUUCUCAUUUUGCUCCCUGAGGAGGUUUAGAAUAGUGGAGUAAUUUCUUGGAGACACUACAGUAUUUCUCUGUAGUUUUCUAUAUGUAGAAGAGUAUUUCAGAAAAACUUUUAAUGGUUAGUUAAAGGAGCAAGUGAGAAUGUAAACCCUUGCCUUCAAACCUACAGUUUGGUACAGAGGGCCAAAUUUUCAGAUGUGCUUAGCUAAAAUUGAGCAUCUCACUUUAUAGUUGGACGCAGAUUGAUAAUCAGGGAAUUAUGGUUCUGGUGCCUAAAUACAGAUGUACCUAGGUCUGAAAUUUUAGCCUUUGAGAGCCAGAGAAGUUCAUAUGUAGAGGUACUUCAUAUCUAAAGAGAUAGCUCUGAAAUCUUUAAAUCAGACCUGGACACUGUAAGUGAUGGUGUGAUUGUGAUUUUUUGGCAUUUGAAGACAAUAGAAUCUCCACAACCCUCAGUCAGUGUUUUUGCUAUAGUGAAGUUAACAGUAGGAGAGCUACAUCUAAGAGUCCAGUAUAUAUGCGUAGUGAGUACUAUUUAACUUCACCUACCAAUGAUGAAGACUGAUGUACAUGAAUAUUUUUAGAGACUGUGCCAUAUUACUUCCUAUUUUUAUACCAACCUCCUGACAUGCAUAUAAUACUGAGUAUUUAAAUCAUUCUUAUGGCGAAAAAAAAUGUAUGGGUUAUAUUACUAUCCUAUGGUUUUGCCUUAGUUCUAUCAACUAGCCUAAUACAUUUGGAGUAACUGUUCAAACACUCCAUCAGCAUGAAUGCUGUUGCUUUUGCUUUGCCUCAUAUCGCCAUAGCAUCAAAGGCAGGUUAGCUAAUAGUGUUGCUGCUCUCUAUAUAUUUUGGCGUAGUUGUGCUGCCAUUGCUCGUAGAAAGAGAAUGUGAGAAGGAGUCAUAGAGACAAAGACAUUCAGUUGUGUAAAGACCAGUGUUUUAAAGGACAAGAUUAUUUUUCUGAAGUGUGCUAUACAGCUAGGAGAGGCAGUGCUUUCAUAGGUUAGUGACAGUCUCGAUAGUGUUAUCAUCAGUUCACCCACUGGCUGCACUGAGAAAAGGAUAGCAGUAGC